AUUUAGUAAAUAGGACUUGUUUUGGUGGGCGAGAGAGGACGUUAUUAUUUUCUACUUUCGUAAAUAUUUUAUUGGAAUAACAAUGGAAAAUGAUUAAUGAUGAUAUUAACGAUUACUUGCCGUCUAUUCUAAAUCCAAGAGGAAUCAAAAAACAGCAUGGAGACCUGUCGUUAACCCAAAACUCAAUUGUAAGCCGGUGCUCAUUAUCACUGAAGAGGAAGAAUGGAGUUCCUAAUAUAAAGAAAAGUCUUCAUAAACCACACUUAGCUAACAAAGAGAAUGCACAUAAUAUCAAUAAUUUACCAAGAGAAACACCAAAUGCCAAAAAUGUAGAUAAAGACAAGAGUAACCAAGGUGGUAACCUUGACUUGCCUACCACUCUGCAGCUCCAUCCUGUAUGUCCACUGGAAAAAGAAUUUCGCGGCCAUGAAUUACCAAAUCAAAAUAAUGUACAAAAUAAAAAUAAUAUUAUAGAAAGUAGCAUAGGUUUAUCUGCUGUGGAAGACCUUAUUACAGAUAAACAAAACAUUGAAUCAUGUCCAGUUAGUUUUGAAGAAUUAGAAGUACAAAAAAAAGAUGUUCAAGAUAGAAACAACAAUGAAUCUCUCGUGGCUCUAUCUUCAGCCACUGAGCUGAAUGAAAUCAAUGUUUUAGACAACAGUACAAGUACAAUUGAAUAUGAAUUAACAGAAAAACCAGUGAUAUCAGUGUCCUUUGGUGUCACGAAUUGUAAAGCAUUGCAUGUCAGUACAAACACCAGUAAUAUUAAGAAUAUAGUUGUAACUCGUAAGGAUUGCGGCAUGGAUGUUGAUUGUGAUGUGAUAGAAUGCUCAGAUAUAUCUACCGAGAACGACCAAAAUGAGGUGACUCAAACCCUCGGACAGAAUACACCAAAGAAGUCGGCCGUAGCUGUCAGCUUAGAAAUAAAAAAGAAAAAAUCAACUGAAGAAACUGUGACAGAAAACUCAAAAGUUCUAAUUUUAAACACUGAUGCCAUCGAGAGACUGUCUCAUGUCAUUGUUCAACCACCAAAUUACAAAUUAGUGAAACGGCAAAUUUCAGAUAGCAGUAAAUUCAAAAAUAAAGGCAAACGGAAACGAGAGUCUGUUAGGGAUGGAAAAACUGUGCGUGGGGAUAAUUUGAAACAGAAACGUAUCGAUUGUUAUUUUGGUACAAACACUGAAGUUUUGAAGGGGACUGUGGAAAGUGUGAAAAAUGAGGCUGUAGCUCGUGGUGAUGAUGAGGAAAUGAGCAAGAAUCUGGGCGUGGCGGACGCUGUGAAGUGCGACCGCGGGCGCUCGGCUAGCAAGUCCCGGCGCGAGAGCACGCUGUCGCCGCGCACGCGCGUGGCGCCGCGCAAUGAGCACGUCAAGAACAGCACGUCGGACGCACGCGGCACGCCCAAGCUGCGACACGACAGCGCCAACUCCGCGCCCUCGCCCAGGAAGAACUUAGACUCGACGCCCUUUACUUUGCCGACCAAGUCGACAUCUAAUAAGGCUUCCAUUUACCCUAAAAAUAUACCUCACUAUAAGAUUGUGGCAGGCACACAUUUCGCGGUAGACGCGUUCUCGUAUGGGGAUGUUCCGAACGUGAAGCAUUACUUCCUGACGCACUUCCACUCCGACCAUUACUCGGGGCUCAAGAAAACCUUCAACAAAGUCUUGUUCUGCACUAAGAUUACUGCCGACCUCUGCAUAUCACGGUUAGGAGUGAAUCCGAAAUGUUUACACAUAAUGGGUUUUGAUGAGACCAUCACAAUUGACGGGAUCGAAGUUACGGCUGUGGAUGCUAAUCAUUGCCCCGGCGCAAUGAUGCUAGUGUUCACACUACCGUCGGGCAAGACGCUGCUACACACGGGCGACUUCCGCGCUUCGCCCAACAUGGAGUCAUACCCCGUCUUCUGGAACAAGGACAUACACACCAUCUACCUGGACUCGACGUACUGCAAUCCUCGCUACGACUUCCCGACGCAAGACCAGAGCCUGGAGAUGGCGCUGUACCACCUGCGCCAGAAGAAGAUGUCGCUCGAGAAGACUGGCAAGAAGUUCUCCUCCGUGCUCAUCGUCUGCGGCACCUAUACUAUCGGCAAAGAGAAGUUCUUCCUGGGCAUGGCGCGGCGCGUGGGGUGCUCGGUGUGGGCGUGCCCGGAGAAGGACAAGGUGCUGCAGGCGGUGGAGGGCCGCAGCUUCGGCACCGCCUCGCCCGCCGCGUGCCAGCUGCACGUGGUGCCCAUGCGGGACCUGACGCACGAGAAGCUACGCAGCUACCUGGAGAGCCUGCAGGGCGCGUUCAGCGAGGUGGUGGCGUUCAAGCCCAGCGGCUGGGAGAACGGGAAGAACUCCACGCUCGAGAAAGACCUGGUCACUAUACAUGGUAUCCCGUAUAGCGAGCACUCGUCGUUCUCGGAGAUGAUCCGCUUCGUGAAGUUCCUGAACCCAAAGCAGGUGGUGCCCACUGUGGACAUCUCCGGCGGCAUCAAGGCUGUACAGAAGUUCUUCCCGUGCCCGCUGGUGCAUAAGGAGGGGUCGGCGGCGCAGAGCAAGGUGACCGACUACUUCAGCAUACAGAACCGACAACAACUGCCCGCCGGCGUCACUUGAUUAUAAGGUAUUACUAUUUAUAAAAAUUAUACUAAGCUGCCAUUACAUGACGUGACUGUGAUGUAUUUUUGAUAUUAUUAUACUUUAGCGUUAUAAUAUUUAUAAAACGUUGAUUUGUUUGUAAUAAAAAAAUUGCUAAACA